AUGCCACCGCGCGCUUCUUUGACAUCAUCCUUCUCAAUCACCGACUCUAAUAAUGAGGUUGUGUGUCCGCUUCGGAAUCAAGAUGGCUCAAGCUGUCGCAAGCGUUGUAUUGGCGAAAAACGUUACCGCUCCAUGCAGGAGCAUAUUCGCCGCGCACACCCGGAACAUUACAUUCCCAAGCUUCCUGCAACUGAAGAAAGCUUCCUGCUCAUGAUAAACACUCCACCCCAAGAUCGGCGAUAUGAGCAAGCUUCUACGGCUGCUGGCCAAGACACCCAUGACCGAAGACCCUGUCAUCCCAACGCAUCCAGCAAUCCCGGCACACCUCGAAAUAGUGAUGAAUAUACGACAAGUGGAAGAUGCUCCAUGUUAGGUGCUGCGAGCGCUGCCGCCGCCUUAGCAGAGCUUCACACUGUCAAAUCAGAGAGGGACAUGGACAUGGAUGGUGGCUACUAUUCCGAUUCCGAUGGGCGCCGCAUUCCUCGGACAUCAAUCGAAUUACCGCCACUGCAACUCCCCAACCACGAUAUUACGAGCGACCCGUAUACGUCGAAUAUCAAUCGAAAGUGCGAGAUACUGCCCUCGCUAUUAGCCAAUUCCCCUCCAGGUCGUUCAUCGACACUUCCUCCUCUUCAGCGGCCAUUAGGACCCAAUCGGCCUCGAAAGCAAUCAAUCACAAAGCGGGGGCGCGACCCCAAUCACAAAAAGAAGAAUUCUCGGGGCUCCGCUGCGGAUUGGCUUCGUCGCAUCCAGAGCGAAGAUCGGUUUCGGAUCGGUAAUGACCGCAAGGCUCUCUCGGCGGAGCCAUCUGCAGAUUAUGGCAAACGAUGGGAGGAUCUUAUAGACGCAGCCGACCAAGCUGCGUCUGCGGCUGGCGACAUAGAUGAAGAUCGGACACCAGUACCACAGUCGCCUGUAUCCAAUCAUCGGGCGUCAUUGCCACCAUUUACUCAUCAGCAGUUCCAAACGGAUAGCUACCAAGCGUCUCCGUUACAGCAAGCUUUGACUCCCCCUUCUUACAACCAAGACAACGUUGACCCGUUCCCCUCUGUGGAAAGCGGCGAGAGUGGAGAGAACUUCCACAUUGGAUCCAGAGGUCUUUCGGAUUCCUCCCCCAGUAAUACAUCAUCGCAGAACACGCAGAUUUAUUGCGCAGCCUGCCAAAGUAUUUCCCUGCUCAAAAACUCAUACGCUUGCACUGAAUGCAUCUGUGGCUUGUGCUCGACAUGCGUGGAGGUGCUCAUGGCGGAACAGGGAGCACGAAGGAAGUGUCCACGCUGCGCUACCAUCGGCGGCCGGUUCAAGCCUUUCCAGCUCGACAUCAGAUAA